AUGGUUGAUCAUAUCAACAGGAUGGAAGAAGUCGAGCUCCUCAAAUCUAUCAACCCUUCGAGCUACGAAGCUACAUACACGGAAAUCAAUGGCCAAGCUCGAGAAACAUCGAAAAAAGUUCUGGACAAUUAUCAAAUACUGCGCUGUAUCAUUGAUCGCAAAGAAGAAGUUCUUCGGCAGCAGUGGAAAAAAAAUCAAGCGCGCAGCGACUGAAGAUAUUACAGAAUUGCGGAAUUGAAUUACCUGAAACUCAUGGCGCAGACUACAUGCAGCUUUUUCGAUGGCAGCUGGGCUCUGAUCAAAAUUCAACUUCUGAUAACAUGAGUCAUCGAAAUAACUAUAUGCAUCCACACUUGAAUGUAGAAGAUCUCAUCAAAGUGAAGUCUAUGCUCCUAUUGAUUAAUUCUCGAGGUCGCAACCCUCCUCACCUCUUCGCAAACGCAGAUCUGAGAGCAGCAGACUUAGGAGUUAUCAGCGGUGCUCUACCUUUAAAGUUUUUGAAGGAUCAUCAUUUACUGCUAGAAGGAGAGUCGAUGGAGACUUAUGGACGGCUAGUUCCAUGGACAGACAAAAGGAUGAAGCAAAAGAUCCUGGCAGGGUUUGGACAUUUGCCACAUCAGGGUCUACUGAUUCUUGAAAUCCAGGAUAAUAUUUAUUCGUUCCUUGUGAAUUGGUGCAAGGCGCUUCUUCAGGAGAUUGAAAUUGCCACAAUUUGGAGACUUCCUAUCGAACCAGAGCCACCGCUACUCGUAGAGGCCUCCGAUGAUACAGCGAUAGCUUCAAUAGCCAUGGAGACGCCAUAUCGAUUGCCAUCUAAGCUGGAUCUCAAUCGCUUGCAAGCUGUAGUCACUGCCAAGCGACUUAGCUCGGAAGAUUAUAUACACGAUUUGAGGGAGGACCCCGGUCUUUUCGCUGAUGCUGUAAUGGAAGAAAGUGAGCAUAGAAUGGAGAGAAUACUAGAUGAUGAGGGCAGAGCUCACUCAUCUAUUGGCAAGCCAGAAUUCUGGGAAGAUGUAACUCGGGCUUUGGUGACGGAUGCAUAUUAUAACUUGAUUGGCUGGGAUAUUGCUAGCAAGCAAGUCGACCGUCUAGCUAUUCUUAAAGACAAAUACGCCUUUUUUAGUCAUCCGCAGAAUGAUCUACCAGAAGAGCUUCUAAAGGAGUUGUUAAGCAUCAAAAAUGUACUCAAAUUCAUAAGAGGAGGCUAUAGAAAGAGCUUGACCAGUGGACUUUCAGCUUCGUUGCCUUUUCGCCACAAACUCUGUCGAUUGCCGAGGACUUCUGGUAGUGGAUUUUCUGUUAAAAUAAUGGGCAGAGAAAAUAUUACAGCAGUAGAUAUGGGAAAAGAAGAUCUCAUGGUUUUUCUCCUAGCUCUGAUAUUCAGCCCAGAAAAGCACACGGCCUUAGGCCAAUCUGCGAUGAUGGACGAGAUCGAGCACAUGAUUGAACAGGACCAUCAAUUAAAGGAAAAAAUUACACCAUGGGUAUCCCGAGUACUUUCUAAUGUGGGACUAAUUGUUCGAAUUGAAAAUGAGUUAGAUCUCUGUCUACCAUGGGCAACAGGGUUACCGACGGACAUGGAAAUACACAAGGACUGGCUUGAGCAAGACUUAAAUGACAGGUCUCAAUUGUUACCCAUAUCAGGAUCUCAUCUGAAAGAAGCUUUUCGCACACUGGGAGUACUAGGAGACCCCACCGAUGGACGGUACAACUAUCCAUGUGAACAACGUCGAACCAAAAAGAUUACGGAAGCAAUGCAAAGUGCUGAGCGAAAACUAGAUUAUUUUUGGACUAAGGUUGACUACAAUUAUCGCAAAGCCACCCAUAUUAGCCGCAUUAUCACAAGCACUAGUUUGUAUCAGAGUGUGAGUCAUAUAUUUACCAAUCUCAGAACUGUAGAGAGAACACCUGAUUGGGUCGCGCCAGCCAGGCCAGUGAAAGUAUUUCCUAAAUGCUUGCAAACUUCUACCAGCAUACCGCAGUUUUCUAUUAACGAGCCAAUAUCUGACUUUGUUGCUCCUCAAGAAAAAGUUAAGCCAAAAACCCGCGGUAUACAUCAUUCUUCCGCGAGUCUUGUUGAAGAAACUCUUGAACUACCACCAUCUGAGCCCAAAGAACGGAUCUACAAACUCAAAGCAAGAAGUCUGAAAGUGUUCAAGGUUCUUUUUUUCCAAUCUUCCGAAACAAAUCUUCCAGGGGACCUCCCUUGGACUGAGUUCAAGUAUGCUAUGGCAGCAAUGGGUUUCAGCAUACACAAACUUGACGGCUCAGCAUGUCAUUUCCUUCCGCCUUCGACUGAUGAGUAUGUCGGAAAACAUGGCAUACAAUUCCACGAACCGCAUUCUCCGGGUAGUGCGGCCAAAAUCCACUUCCAUGUUGCAAGAGCCAUGGGAAGGAGAUUGAACAACACGUAUGGAUGGCAUGGUGGGAUGUUCGUGGGUGAAUAGGUAGGAAAUUUCUGGGUACCGCAGUUGCCGCCGACCUAUAUCGUAUGGAUGAAAUGAGAAAGAGGGAAGGAGCAGGGGAAUUCUUGGAUAUUAAAAGUGAUAUGGAAAUUUAUUGAUGGAAAUAGGAAACGAUUGGAUUUGGUUA